AUGGCGGCUCGGAACCACCUCCCCUCUCCAGUGGAGCGUUCCCCCCUGGAGACUGGAACGUUCCCCAUUUCACCCCGCCCUCCCUCGCUGACGCAUCCCUCGGCUCGCUCCCUUCCCCUGAUUCCCCUCUCCCCUCUCUCGUCACCCCCUCUCCCCGUCCCCCCGUGCCCCCUGAAGCCCAGUUUCCCCAAGGGACGCCUGGGGCUGGAAAAAUUAGACGUCGUCGAGAAGGAGCUUUCUUCCGCUUCUGACUCGAACCCUCAGAAACUGCACAAGAGCUCUCUCCUUGACUCCACCAUGCCCACCGCGACCUCCAUCCCCGUUUUCGACUUCCCCACUGGCUCGAUUAAGGAUUAUUUCACAAUUGACGCUGAUCUGCUAGGGUCGGGGGAGUUCGGGGUGGUUCGCCGCUGCAUUGACAACGCCACGGGCGAAACCUUCGCGUGCAAGACAAUUCAGAAGAGCCGCCUCGUCUCCGAGUCGGACCGCGAGGAGGUCCGCCGGGAAGUCGCUGCAAUGCAGCGCGUGAUGGGCCACCCAGGCGUAGUUAAUCUCCGCGCGGUCUUCGAGGAUGAUAAGGAGGUGCACUUAGUCAUGGAGUACUGCGAAGGCGGGGAGCUUUUCGACGAGGUGAUUCGACGGGGAAGGAUCCCGGAGAAGGAAGCUGCGCUGCUGUUCCGCCAGAUCGUCUCCGCCGUCGCAUUUUGCCACGCGCGCGGCGUAAUGCACCGCGACCUGAAACCCGAGAACAUCCUCCUCAAGAAGCAGCUCGUUAACGGAAGGGAAGCGACGUUCGCGAAGCUCGCGGAUUUCGGCCUGGCCAUUGGUCUCGAGGAGGGUGCAAAGGCUAGCGGCGCCGCGGGUUCGCCGUUUUACAUGGCGCCUGAGGUCCUGACCGGGGAAUACGGCGUGGAAGCCGAUGUGUGGUCUCUAGGAGUUAUCUUAUACGUUCUGCUCAGCGGGAACACUCCAUUCUGGGGUCCUGAUGACAACGCGGUCUUCGCGUCGGUGCUCGCCGGGAGAGUUGACAUGUCGGGUCCUGCCUGGGCGGGAGUGUCGGCGGAAGCGCGGAGCCUUAUUCGCUGCAUGCUGCAGCGCGAUCCGCGGAGACGGCCGAGCGCCGCGAAGGUGUUGUCGCACCCGUGGAUCUUGGUGCAUCUGUAUGGCGGGCGGGUGGUGCGCAAGGUGGUGAACGUUCAGCAGCUGCAGCACGAGCGGUCGGGGAUUGCGCAAGCGGCAGGGGUUGCUGCUGCCGCUCCUGCUGCGCCGGGCGCAUGA